CCGCCCGGGCGGGCGGGCGGCGCGGCAGCGCACCGCUGGGCAGGAGCGGCGGGCGGCGCGGCCUCCCCUCCCCUCCCCGUCAGGCGCCCCGCGCGGCCGCCCGCCCCGCCGCCCCCGCCCCCCGGUGGCGGUGCCGGCGCGGUCGGCGGGGCGGGGCGGGCCGGGCCGGGGCUGGCGGGCGGGCGGGUGGGCCGAGGCGAGCGGAGCGUGCCGCACGCCGCCCAGGCGAAGAUGGCAGCGGGGGAGCCGCAAGCCAAGAAGCUCAAGCUGGAGCAAAAGCAACUGAGUGAAAAUGUCCUGUUUGGAAUGGGAAAUCCUCUGCUUGAUAUCUGUGCAGUUGUGGACAAGGACUUCCUUGACAAAUUUGAAGAACUUGUGAAAAAGUUCAAAGUAGAAUAUCAUGCUGGUGGUUCUACUCAAAAUUCCGUUAAAGUGGCCCAGUGGAUGAUUCAGAGCCCUUACAAAGCUGCAACUUUCUUUGGGUGCAUUGGCAAAGAUAAAUUUGGAGAGAUCUUAAAGAAGAAGGCUGAGGAAGCUCAUGUGGAUGCCCAUUACUAUGAGCAGAGUGAAGAACCAACAGGAACCUGUGCUGCCUGCAUCACUAGUGAUAACAGGUCUCUUGUAGCUAACCUUGCUGCUGCUAAUUGCUAUAAGAAGGAAAAGCAUCUUGAUCUGGAGAAGAACUGGAAGUUGGUGGAAAAGGCCAAAGUUUAUUAUAUAGCAGGAUUCUUCCUGACGGUGUCACCAGAAGCAGUAUUAAAAGUGGCUGCUCAGGCUUCUGCAAACAACAAGAUCUUCAGCUUGAAUCUUUCUGCACCAUUUAUUAGCCAGUUCUACAAAGAGCCUAUGAUGAAAGUCAUGCCUUAUGUUGACGUCCUUUUUGGAAAUGAGACGGAAGCUGCCACUUUUGCUAGAGAGCAAGGCUUUGAGACUGAAGACAUUAAAGAGAUAGCCCGGAAGACACAAGCCCUGCCAAAGGUGAACACUAAAAGGCAACGAAUCGUAGUCUUUACCCAGGGGAAAGAUGACACUGUAAUGGCUACAGAAAAUGAAGUGACUACUUUCCCUGUGUUGGUGAGUGAUCAGAGUGAAAUUGUGGAUACCAAUGGAGCUGGAGAUGCAUUUGUUGGAGGCUUUCUCUCGCAGCUCGUCUAUGACCGGCCAGUGACCGAGUGCAUCCGGGCUGGACAUUAUGCAGCCAGCGUAAUUAUCAAGCGUUCAGGUUGCACCUUCCCAGAGAAGCCUGACUUCCACUGAUACUGGUGAAUUGGAGGGAUCAAGAGUAACUCCCAUGUUGCCAUGGGAUUGCUGCCUAAAUUUUUCCUCCUUCCCUUUCCUCACCUUUCCAAUUACCUGCAUCAACGCUUCUGUACUUCUGCUCAUUGUAUUCUAAACAAAAUAUAUAUUUCUAUGGUGUUUUCCUUUUCAUACCACUACACUGUCUCAGUAGUCUUACCUUUUGGAACCAGUGCUAAGUGAAGCUUAUUCUCUCAUCCAUCAGGAAAAAUUGUUCUAUUUACACAGUUUAUAUGGAAGUCCCAUGUAAAUGACACUGCUGAUUAACACCAUUAUAAUACUUCUGUUGAAUUAUCUAGUUUGUAUCCAGCUAUGGCCAAAUCCUACUCAACUUACGUGAAAUCAACAGACCUGACUUUAUUUGUCACUUAACGUUAUAAACCAGGAAUUGUUCUUUCUAUAUAGUGGA